CCCAUCUCUCACCCCUCACUGGACACGACACAAGCCCCGUGCAUUUCCGCAAAAUACAGUUCGACGUCCUAAACACCGUUCUAAAGGUACAAGUCGCCAUGGCCAACGCCAAAGCCCAAAUAUUCGCCCUGCGUCGACUGCGCUCCACCGAUGAAGUCUUCAUCCAACUUCGCCAGGAUCGCGAAAAUCGUCACCGCCAAUACACAUAUCUUAUGUUCACUGCUCACAGAGCUCGGGUCUCGUCGGAACUUCCCCUUCCUCUUUUACCAAAAGACCAUAUACAAGAUGUCUGCCAUAAGUCAACAGCUCUUUAUUGCAUCGUAGGUCUACGACAUGACUUCCCAAGUGUGCAUAGUUUCAUGCACCGACAAUGGCUCGAACCAAAUCAGACAAAUCGGACAAACCUGGAGUUUUCAAGUUUCCUUGCAAAGGCUAUAGACAUCGAACGUCCUGUAUACAGCACUGGAUCGUGCCCAACCGAAGAAGUCGUUGCCCUCCACAAGGCCCUCUGCUCCCAGGCGAACAACUUCGAUCCUUCCAAGCACCCAGAUAGCGUGGUUACAGGUUACAACCAUGACCAGCGCCACUUAUACCAUGUGAAGCCACUCUUCCGUUCUCUGAUCAUCCUUCAAACACAAGAUCAUGAACCUGCGGAAGACCCGUACAAGAAGGCAUAUCGACUUAUUCGUACGCUAGACGAGUCACAACUGUCAGCCCCCAUCGACUUCGGCCCCAUUCAGGACGAUUGCGAAGGAUACGUCGAUUCGAAUACUACAGAAGUAAUGACGGACCUCAUCACUGCUGUGAACUUUACCCUCCAGUUAGAAAGCCGGGAGAACGCCUUUGCUGGCGAGGCCAUCGACGCUAAGGUUCUGGAUGACAGGCUUGGGAAUGAAGAUUGCACGAACAUCAGAGCUGCUAGCUGGGGAUACACCGGUCCGCGCAUUCAGGGGCCCUCCAGCGACUGGGUCGACGGGGAUAGGCGCAUGCUGAAGAAUCGGCUGUUCUACUCCUGUAGGUGGAAGUCCGAGGGGUGGUGCUCCGGGACGCCACCUUGAUGCAGCUGGUACGAGAGUCCGCCUACGAGUCAGUUCUAGGAAGCCGAAACUGGCUCUCGUUGGUAACAUGAUCAUCAUUGCGUGGUACGAUAACAGUUAUAAGCCUACGAAUGUCGAGAACAAGAAGACCUUUUUGAAGAUAAAGCUGUAAACUCAAGAAUGUCCACUGGGACUAGACGAAGGCUCUGGAUUGGACCCUACACGAGAAUCUCAUACAUGUGUUUCUUGCAACAUCUUCACUUCUUCCCAGGAUGCCCAUGGUUAAUCUUGGCCGUCGUAUCUGCAGGGAUUCACGCCUAGGUCUUAGUCAUACUGUACUUUAAAUAAGAAUUGGUGUAGUUAUUUUGGGCUCGAACCUACGUGAAGUUACCUACGCUCACUCAAGCAACCUACAUCUUUUGUGUCCACUUGAGGUUAGCUAA